CAGAUUUAUGAAACAAGGAAGCGAUUCCACAUAUGACUCUUUUCCCACAACGUAUCAUUUUCAAAGGUUGCAUGGCCUGGUCAUCGUGGAAUGGAGGCUGCAAAGAGUGCGGCCAGUACAGGCAAAGAGUCGGUCCUCCUGAAAUUAAUUCUCGGCGAGAGAAGUCUGUCAAACUUAAUUCAACCCUUCAAGUGGAUUGUCUUGUGAGGGGUUUUCCUCAACCAGAGGUGAAUUGGACAAGAGAUGGAAAGCUACUUAAUACCACGAACAAGCUCACCAUUAAACAAGUGACUUAUGGAGACGCUGGUCAAUAUACAUGCAGCGCUAAGAACAGUGAAGGGAAAAGUGAAGCAGCUUUUCAGGUUACAGUUACAGGUCCUCCUGAAAUUAAUCCUCAGCUCAUCAAUCAGUCGGUUACAUACAAUUCGCCUCUUCAGUUCAAUUGCUCUCUAAGCGGUUUCCCUACACCUGAGGUACAUUGGACUAGGGAUGGGAUACAUCUUGGCAAAAAGAACACUCUCACGAUUCGUCAAGCGAGGUUUGAAGACUCUGGCGAAUACACAUGUAGCGCUAAAAACCCCACUGGAAGCAAGAAAUCAACCUUUUGGAUUGAAGUGAAAGGAGUGGAUGGUGGCUGGAGUGAGUGGAACUCCUGGAGUAUCUGUACCAAGCCAGUUGGUGGUAUACAAACCAGACAGAGAGAAUGCGCCAAUCCAGAACCAGCAUAUGGUGGGAAACACUGCGAUGGGACCGGAGCACUGCUGAGAGAAUGUAGCAACAUGUCCAGUUGCCAAGAAGAAUUUCCCCUGCGAUUUGAAACAGAGAAGAACCCAUCUGUCGGUACAAUGAAGAUAUUCUCAAACAGCAGUUGGCAAAAGCUUUGUACCAGUCAAUGGGAUGAAGCAGAUGAAAAUUCAACCUGCAUGGCCAUGGGCUACUAUGACAACGGCGUCUUUGCUAAUUACACAUGGUACGCAGAACGUGGCAAUGCUUCAGAGAUGUCCACCGACUACAACUGUACCAUUCCGACCAGAUGUCAAAACAACUUGGAAAAUAAACAACAAAUUUGCAAAGUUCCUGUUCGCUUGAAUGGCGCAAAUGUGGAGUAUGGAGGAAGAGUGGAAGUGUUUUACAAGGGGAAAUGGGCAAAGAUAUGUAGGAAUAAAUGGGACUUUAAUGAUGUCAAAGUUAUUUGUCGUCAACUUGGCUUUGAAGAGGCUUUAGCGGAAUUUAUUGGGUCAGACAUAAAGGCUGAGGGAAUACCUUUUGCAAUGUCCGAUGUCUCUUGCGCUGGAGAGGAGUUUGAACUUGCAUCAUGCGAUCGCAUCGAUGGAAAGUUAAAUAUUCCACCUCAAUGUCAAGCGGAUGACAAGGGUUCUCAAGCGUUGUGUCAACCAAAAAACCAGAAAGUGUUGAAAAGAGAUGAACUCUAUUUUGAUAUUGGUAGCAGAGAAAAGCUUCACUGUUCUAUACACAAUAAAACCACUCAUGCUAGGUGGGUCAUUAAUAGGCAAAAGCUUGAAAUAACAAACUCUACUUCUGAAAGGAUCAGGGCUGAAGACAAUGGUGAUCUGUUCAUUGAUGACGUGCAGCUAUCUGAUGGAGGAAUAUAUGAAUGCCAGAGAUUGGAAUAUGUUCAAUAUUACAUUGUCUACAUUAAUGCAAGAUUUACUCAAAAGACGUUGGACCAACAAACCUUUAUUGCGUACACGUCUGGCAUUAUAAGCUGUAGUGCUGAUGGAACACCGAGUCCACAGAUUUCUUGGAGUAAGAAAGGAGGAAAGUCCUUAGACCCGAAACGAUUCACUCAAGUAUCCAACGGCAGCCUGCGUAUUGGUUUUGUAAAGCCUGAAGACAAUGGAACAUUCACCUGUACCAUGAAACAAACUAAAGGACCACAGAGGGUCACAAGCAGAGAUAAAAACAUAGUAGUGACAGUUAUAAUUCGACCAAAAGUGGAUAUUUCUGGAGCAAGCAAUCUCAUCAUAGAAGGAAACAGUGUGAACUUGACGUGUAAAGUUGUGGAGGGUCGGCCUGAACCUCAGAUCACAUGGCUCAAGAAUAAUACAUUGCAAGGACAGAGUUUGUCUCUCUUCUUUUCUGAGAUAACAAAGGAGGACGAAGGGCGGUACACUUGUAAGGCAGAGAAUGCAGCAGGCUUUGACACCAAAGACAUUGACAUUUCUGUAAAAGUUCCACCCCGUGUUAGUGAUGAGUUAAGAAAUUUCACCAUUGCAUUUAAUUCCACAUUUACAAAAGAGUGUUAUUUGAGAGGUGACCCACAAGUAUAUGUCAACUGGACCAAGGAUGGAGUGCUACUUAAUAAAAACAACACCUUAGUUAUUGGACAAGUGACGUUUAAAGAUAAAGGCUAUUAUGAAUGUACUGCUGAAAAUGAUUAUGGAAAAGCAAACUCUUCCUUCUGGAUCGAUGUCACUGUAUCUCCACAGAUUAUAGAGCCUCCGAUAAACCAGUCUGUUACCGAAGGAAACUCUGUGAACUUUAGUUGUCGAGCCUCAGGUGUGCCAACACCAACAUUAGCCUGGGUUUUUAAUAAUGCUGACCUGCCAUCUGGUAUCAAUCAAUACAGUUACGAAGGAGAAUCAUUCCUGAAACUUUUAAGCGUUAAAAAAGGGAUGGAAGGGACUUACAAGUGUGAAGCGAAAAAUAAAGCAAAUACAACUAGUUCCUCUGCAACUCUGCGUGUUUACGGAAAAGCCUUAGCUCAAAUUGUUCCAGGUCAUUAUCCGGCACUCACAGCAGGAGACAACCUCACAUUGACCUGCAACGUCAACGAAGAAACAAUAAAUGUAACUUGGAAAAAAGAUGGAGACUCACCACCCGAAAGGGCAAAGAUUGAUACACGAUUCGAUGACGAAAAGAGUACAUUUGCUAUAACUGGAGUUGUGAAGGAGGACAGUGGUGUGUAUUCUUGUGAGGCACGUAACAAGCUCGGUUUUGUUGCCCGUUCCUUUGUAAAAAUAAACGUCAAAGCAAAGCAAGUGCAAAGUUUCAACACUUUGUGGUAUUACAUUGGUGGAUCAGUGGCGGCAGCGAUUGUCAUUUCGCUUGCCUGGUAUUUCUGCAAGCGUCGAAGGACAGCUAUGGCUCUUCCUGACCAAGAGGAGGCAAUUCAGAUGGAGCCAUUGAAUGCAGAGGUAGAUGAGUGGGAGGUUGCGGUGAACCGUGUCCUGCUUCAAGACGUCAUUGGACGAGGGGCGUUUGGAGCCGUGUGGAGAGCUCUCCUGAGUUCGCCAAAUGGACAACCUGGCAAUCGAACAGUAGCCGCUAAAUGUUUCACGCCCACUGCUGGAGAGGAUGGAAGGAAAUGUUUGAUGAGAGAAAUUGAGCUGGGUAAACUUAUCGGUGAAAACGUUCCGCCAAACAUUGUAAAGUUCAUGGGCUGCGUUACGACACAAAUUCAUCCCAUACUCAUCAUGGAGUACUUGCCAUGUGGUGACCUACUUGGUUACCUGAGAAAAUGCCGAGGAGUGAGGGAUCGGUAUUAUCUUGGUGAGGGAAGAGCUCAGAAUUUGACCAACUACGAUCUUGUGCUGUUUGCCAAACAAAUCGCCGCCGGUAUGGUGUUCCUUGGAACGCGAGGUAUCAUCCAUCGUGACCUGGCGGCUCGAAACAUUCUCCUCGAUAACAACUAUGUUUGCAAAGUGACGGACUUUGGUAUGGCAUAUCAAAGUUUCAAGUAUGGCCAUGGAAAUGCCAAAAAGGGAUGUUUGCCAAUCAAAUGGACUGCACCAGAGAUUCUGCUGGGAGAACUUGCUGGACUUUCCACCUUGAGUGAUGUGUGGUCCUAUGGAAUCGUCCUGUAUGAGAUAGUUACCCUUGGAGGAAUUCCGUACGACGGAUGGUCAGAAGGCAUGGUGGUUGCAGAGGUCACAAAGGGAUAUCAGAUGCCAAAGCCCGAUCAUGUUGAUAACAAACUGUAUGAUAUCAUGAAAAGGUGCUGGAAUCGUAACCCUGACUUCCGUCCUCCUUUUGAAAACCUGCGACAAAGAAUGGACACAUACAUUCGUGAAGAGACAUAUUUGGAACUUCUUGACAUGGGCGCUUAUGACAAGGCAAAAUACUCCAGGGUUGAAGAUCUCGGAGAUGAAGAUGCAGGACCAAGUGAGGAAGUUGCAAAGAAGACCUCAGCUAAGAGAUUGGGAAAAUGGGCCAGUGACCGUCGUUAGGGUACAUAAUCGUCACUUCUCGGUGCUAAACUAAGUGUAGGUUUGUGUUGGUUAAAUUUCUCUCCCUAUAAUUAUUAGAAGAACAUGUGAAAGCUUUGUCCUUGAUUGACAAAAUGAUAAUAAUAAAAGUACAAGAAACUAAUUAAUUAAUUCUUAAAGAAUGCCUAUAAUAAAUAAUUUAAUCGGUGUCAGAAUAAGGAAUAUUGGAUAGAUAUGAAUUAAACUUCCGUAAUAGAUUAAAUCAGAAGAGAAAGAAAGAAACAAGCAAAAAACAACCUACUUGAAAAACGGCUCGUUUAUGCCGAUAGAUGUACUUGGCGAGCUUUUCAUUGUUUUAUUGUGAAACCAUUUACUAAAUUUGUUUGUGGCAGACCUAGUAAGAGAUCUCCUAACGGCGAUAUGAAAUUUGGUAAAAUUUUGUAGUUUGGUAAUGAAUUAGUCGUGUGGUAUUAACUAGCACUUAUCACUUAAUGAAGUAUCUUCUUUAAAUUACAUAUUGCAUCACUUCUAGUGAUUUGUUUAACUUUCAAGUUACCUUUAUUUGAAAACAAGCGAUUGCAUUGUUAUUGACAUUUACCGUUUUGCUGCUAGUAUCAAAUGCUUUUGUCAUAAACGGAGAGAACCGUCUUAAUAGAGUGUGAGUUAAUUCAAAUUAAGUGCUUUGGAUUCGUAUGAGAAAGAAAACGCCAUGUAAAGGGUUCAUACUGUUUUGCUAUGGUAAAUGGAGUGCUUGUUUAAAAACCGGGCGAAAUGAGAGCACGGAUGAGCGUUUAAUUUUGUACGCUAUCCAAACACAACAAGUUGUAUUUAACAUAAUGUAAAACACUCUAUUUAAUAUCUGCAAUAAAAAGAUUA